AUGAGGGGAAGUGGCUACAUUGCCAUAUUCAUCGAUCUCAUUGAUCCUCACCCCGGGUUCUCCAUUCCUCUCAGCUUUCAAAGCCCCGCAGUUUCACCAAGCGUACAUCCGUCCACUAUGGUAGCCAAAAAAUUGACCAUCCCCCCCCGACAAAGCUAUGGAACCAACGAGAUUACCUCGCUGGCGAAGAAUUUCACUCGAAUCUUGACAAAUCAUACUCGCAGCCAGGCGCCUGUCGCGACCCUGAGCCUGGCGGACAAGCCGUUCGAUGACCGAGAAGAGCUAGGCAUCCACAUUGAGCCAUUCACCACCAAGGAAACCGAUCUGGAUUUCUUCCGGGACUCCGAAAAGGAGCGCCUGCGCCUGGUCUUCGGGGUUGAGGGCGAGGAACACACUAUCCAGACCGUUGACAAUCCCAGGCACCGCUUCACUGGCGUGUGGGUGAAACCUGAGUCGUUCCUGGCAAUUUAUUCGUCCGCCAAUCUGAACGCAUGGAUGCACGAGCUGCGGGACGAUACUGUCCUGUCCUCACUUUCUAUUCCCGGUACUCACAAUUCGCCGACUUGUUACCUCGCGCCGCCCUCUGUGCGCUGCCAAGCCGUCAGCCUGCGCGAACAGCUCCAGAACGGCGUGCGCUUCUUCGACAUUCGUGUUCAGCCGCAAUACCCGCAAGAAUUAAAGGAGGAGCUGAUCCUUGUUCACAGCGUGUUCCCUAUUUCGCUGACCGGGACUAAAUACUUCCGCGACUUGAUGAAGGAGAUCAAUGAAUUCCUUGACAAGAACCCGUCCGAGACAUUGAUCAUCUCUCUGAAGCGUGAGGGUCCAGGAGAUGCAAAAGACGAACAGCUCGCGCACAUUCUCAACAAGCACUAUGCCAAGGAUGACAACCAGCGCUGGUGGACUCGACCAAAGAUCCCCACUCUCGGCGAAGCCCGCGGCAAGGUGAUCCUUCUACGUCGCUUCAAUAUCCCCGAAGACCUGCAACAGAAGCACGAGGGACAUGGCUGGGGUAUCGACGGCUCUGCCUGGGCUGACAACACAGCCAACGCCGAAUGCCCCAGUGGGCAGCUGUGUAUCCAGGACUUCUACGAGGUGCAAGAGUCGACAAAUAUCGAGAAGAAGAUCCAAUACGUCAAGGACCACAUCGACCGCGCUAGUAAGACUCGUUAUCCGUUCGGCGAACAUCCCGGCCCCCACCCCUUCUACAUCAACUUCCUGAGUGCGAGCAAUUUUUGGAAGACAAAUACCUGGCCCGAGAAGAUCGCGGCCAAGGUCAACCCUGCAAUUGUAAAUUACAUCUGUCGGCGUCACAGGAAUGAAGACGGCGACUCAUCCACUGGUGUCUUGGUCAUGGACUGGGUAGGUCUUGAUGGUGACUGGGACCUUGUGCGCUGUAUCGUUGGCAUGAACGCUAAAUUGCGUUUGCGACAAAACUAG